ACCCUGAGAAGAGAAGGAAGACCGAGCGGUUGAGCGAGUUUAUCAUUAUCGCCGUAUUAACAUGGACGGGAAAAAAUAGAGACGCACGGCAAAAUUAUACGGGUGACUUUGUCGAUUUACGACGAUGGAACAAGGCGAGAAUCGGCAAGCACGAUCGGCGUAAAGAUUGAAAUAUGUACGCUCGUAGACGUGCGUUCGUUAGAUUGUAGAGAGGGAGUGAGUGUGUGUGAGAGCGAGAGAGAGAGAGAGAGAGAGAGAGAGAGAGAGAAAGAGAAAGAGGCAAAAAGAAAGAAGAAAAAUAAUCUCUUGGCGUUGUGUGAAGCGCGUCGUCGCGUCGUGUGUCGCGUUCCCGUUUCCUCUGCGCGUCGGUGGGUGCGUCCGUGUGUGCGUGCGUGCGUCCGCGUGUGCGUGUGUGUUAAGUCAAGAUGGCGGCAACGUUAACCGUCGAGCAAGAACAAGCUACAAAAGAAUUUAUAGAGGCUGUGAAUAAGUGUCGAGCUGGCAGACGUGCCGGACCAGUUUCCUGGAGUACAGCAGUCAAAUUUUUAGCAGCCAGAAAAUUUGAAGUAAGUAGAGCUUUAGCUCUUUACGAACAGCAUGAAGCUACUAGAAGAAGAGAAGGUUUAGCUGUUUUGCAUCCAACACAAGAACCAUUGCUCAGCGAAUUACGUACAGGAAAAUUUACUGUUCUGCCUUCAAGGGAUGCAACUGGUGCUGCUAUAGCGAUCUUUACAGCACAUUUACAUCUUCCACAAAAUACUACACAUCAAACUACUUUACAGGGUGUUGUGUAUCAAUUAGAUGCGGCUCUCGAAAGUGCAGAUACUCAGAAACAUGGUUUGGUUUUUAUUUAUGACAUGUCUGAUAGCAAGUACCAAAAUUUUGACUACGAUCUAUCGCAAAAAAUUCUCACUCUACUAAAGGGAGGAUAUCCAGCAAAACUUAAGAAGGUUUUAAUUGUAACGGCACCACUUUGGUUCAAGGCACCUUUCAAAAUCCUUCGUUUGUUCGUUCGUGAAAAACUGCGGGACCGAGUAUUUACUGUAUCCAUUCCUCAAUUGACAUUACAUAUACCGCGAGAAUCAUUGCCACAUCGGCUAGGAGGCACCUUGGAGAUACAGCAUGAGGCAUGGCUAUUACAUUGUCUUAAAUCCAUGACAAACCGAGGCGGGGGUGAACUCUGUGAGGUCUGCGUUACUCCCAGAGUGGGAACCCCACUUUCACCUACAUUAAAGAAUCAUACAGUUAAUCAGAAUCCCAAUGGAACACCGAUUAGUAAUCCAACUAGUCCUAUAAUCGAUAAGAAUAAAAUAAAGAAUGGUGUUUCAAACAUUGGAGAUAUCGAAAUUACUAAUGGUGAUGUGUGGAUGGCAAACGACGAAGCACCAUCUCCAGUACAGCCUCCGUCCUCAGCAAGCUCUGGUUUUAGCGAUGAUGAUAGCCUUCAUGGCGAUCUCGGACUGCAAGCAGUUACUAUGGAACAGCUUAUCGAGGAAAUACAUUCAAGAGGUCGUGCUGGCCUCGUAGCGGAAUAUGUAGAAAUUAGGCAAAGGCCACCCGAUGGUUCCUUUAAUAAUGCAAAAUUAAGGCCAAAUCAAUCAAAAAAUCGUUAUACGGAUGUGCUUUGUUACGAUCAUAGCAGAGUGUGUCUUUCUCAAGUAGACGGCGAUGCAACGUCGGAUUAUAUUAAUGCAAACUUUGUUGAUGGUUACAAACAAAAAAACGCGUUUAUUAGUACUCAGGGACCUCUUCCAAAGACAUGUGGGGAUUUCUGGAGAAUGAUAUGGGAACAGCAAACUCUUGUUAUUGUGAUGACUACAAGAGUAGUAGAACGAGGACGUACGAAGUGUGCACAGUAUUGGGGUCCAGAGCCAGGUGAUGAAGUACAAGCAGGUGGCUUCACCGUAACAACUUUAGAAGUUGAUAUAAAUCCAGACUAUACGAUAUCUAUGCUCCUUCUUACAAACAACAAGACUGAUGAAACAAGAGAGGUGUGUCACAUGCUUUACACAGCAUGGCCGGAUUAUGGCGUUCCUCAAUCAGCUAGAGCUUUAUUACAAUUCCUAUCCCUAGUAAGACAACAACAAAAUAAAUUAUUAACAAGUAGGGGUGAUACAUGGGCGGGACAUCCACGAGGUCCACCUAUAGUAGUGCAUUGUAGUGCUGGUAUUGGCAGAACAGGAACAUUUUGCACCUUGGAUAUCUGCAUAUCUCGAUUAGAAGACACAGGAACCGUCGACAUCCGUGGAACGGUUGAAAAAAUUCGAGCACAAAGAGCCUACAGUAUUCAAAUGCCUGAUCAGUAUGUUUUUUGUCAUCGUGCUCUCGCAGAAUAUGCACUUUCUAGGGGUAUGCUUAGUCCUCAACAUCUUGCUAUGUUACCUCCAACGGUCGAAGAAGAUUCUGAUUAAGAUACAUAUAUAUAUUCCGAUAGACAUGAAGUAGGUUGAUAAUCUUCCUGAGUAUGCGUAUUCAGCUCUGUCCUGUCUCAUAGUUUACUUCUAGUAUAAAUGACUAAAACUUAUUUUUUUCUAUCAUUGCCAUUCGAUGUGUAACCCUUAAGAUUUUUAGCGUUAUAUUAGCCUAACAUUCAGGAUAUUCUGAAUACAAACUAGUUUGUCAAAAAAAGGCCAAAUCAGUAAGUAGGGAUUGUAUGUUUCUAUUUCAUUUGAUUUUGCUCACGAAUUUUCGAUUGAGAUAGCGUGACGUAGCAAAGAGAGCACACAGAUUUAAACUGUCUGAGUAAUAUAUUUGUGGCAAGAACAGAUUUAUUCUUUCUAUUUUAUACUCUCUCGAUAUAUAUAUAUAUAUCUUUUCUUUCUUUUUUAAAUUUUACUAAUAAGUCUUUUGUUUAAACGUUAUUAGUAAGAAAGAAUUUUAUAAAAAGUAACACAAGAAAUUCUUAUGAGAGAGUUAAAUCGUUACUUUGUGCAUUGACAAAGAGAAGAUGAUAAUCUGCACUCUAUUGCAGAAAUAAAAUAUAAGAAUAAUUUGUUUAACUGAUUGAAACAUUACGACAGCGUCAUUUUGCAGUGGCCAAUGAAUAGUUGCAGUUCACGUAAGAUCUUAUAAAGAACGUUAUGAUGUAUAAAAUGGUUUUUUAACCAUUGAAGAAAUAAGUGUAAUCAAGGAUACAUCGAUAGUCACUUUUGGGCAACCAAAGAUUAUAUCCCUUAUACCAGUUUAGAAAAUUGGGGUUUGAUAUGUAUAAAAUUUGAUUAAUAUUCUGUGAGAGAGUAAUCCUUUUAUACAGGGAUUUUUAAUCAGGGAUCACACCUUGUAGACUAAAUACUUCCAUUUUGAUUAAAAAUGAAAUGGGGCCUAGAAUGGCUUUACGAAUAUAAGCCUUUAAAAAUAAGUUAAAUAAGCUUCCAGCUUGUUUUAAAGUCACAGAUGCGCUUCGGUACGAUAAAAUAAUGGAAAAAAGUAAAUUUAUGCGAUAUUCGAGUUUGAAAAGAGUUGUUCUAAAAUGUAUAGGUCCUUUGAUAUUUCAAUUAAAAGUGAUAUAAUUAAUUAGAAUCAUCUUAACGAUUGAAUAUGCUCUACUAACGAGCCUUGAUGCAUAUAUAACGAUGAUGAAUAUAUAUAUAUAAAUAUAUAAAUAUAUAUGAAUAUAUAUAUAAUUAUAUAUAUAUAUAAUAUAUAGUGUGAUUUGUAUCUACGUGAUUCGAUACUUUAGAAAGAAGCGCAUAUAACACAAAGUUAUAUUCUUUAUGCAUAGUAGAACUUUAAAAAUAUUACGAUUUGCAUAUGUAUGCUCGUUUACCAUUCCUCGUGAUAAAAAGAUAAAAACAUUUGUUUUAAUAGGGAUAUCUGUGAGGAGAAAAAAGAAUUGAAAGAAAUGAUGUCAUAUUCAAGUUAUUCGCUAAUUUCGAUGUUGCGAAUAACGAUGUUUAAAAGAUCGUAUUAUCCAAACUAUUUAUUAUAUUAUCGUUUUAAUUGUAAAAUUCGAUAUGAAUAAUGAAUUUAUAAUAAGACUGUUUAAGUUAUUUAUAUCAGAUAGUCACUGUUUAGAGAUCAAAGUUUCAUAACUUAAAAUAUUUAUCAUCGAUUUAUAACGUUCUCUUGAAAUGCACACAGCGCAAAUAUCAAAAAGAAAAAGAAAAGGAAAAAAAAAGAAAAAGAAAAAAAAAAGAGAAGAGAUGUUGAUUCGUAAAGCG